GUUAGCACAUUUGAUAUCAACCAAUCUAAAUUGGAACCUUUCAUCAAAAUUUCAUGUUAAUUUAUGUUCCUGCCACCAAUAAUGGUAAAAUUAUUUUACGGAAAAAAAAAAGGGUUACACCUUUUGCUACUAGAGUGCUUGGAACUAUGACUGUUCUGUUAGGUUAUUCAGAAAAUUAUGACUGAUUUUAAAAAUAAACCUAUAUUCUUGAAAAACUGGACUUGGACAAAGGUUUAAUUAUUCAAAAUAUGGUCCCUGAACAGCUAUGCAUUUCUUCCAUAGAUUAACAAAGUCAUUUAUGCCAUUUCUAUAAAAAUCCAAAGGUUUUGAUGCUAAGAAAUCCUUGGGUUCAAUUUUGACCUUGGUUUUGGAACGGAAGGUUUUUUUCUUUUUUGCCUUAAAAUGUGUCCAGAUGCUUGAAAAAUUGGUAGUCAGUGGGUGAAAGAUCAGAAGAAUAUGGAGGAUGUGAUAAAGUCUUGUAUCUCAAGUCUGUGAGAUUCUGCAGUGUCGUCCUGGAAACAUGUAGUCGAGUGUUUUCAUGGAGCAGAAUUGGACCAUAUCGAUUAACAAGUGCAGGUCUCUAUUUUGCUCAGGUGAACUAGCAUUUCUUUCAGUUGUUUACAGUAAACUUCCGAUGUAAUGCUCUGGGUAGAUUUCAGAAAGUUGUUUUGUUUUCAAAUGCUGAUCAUCCUGGGUGGACGGACGUCCUCUACCUUCUUGAUCUUCAAGGCUCUCAUCCCCACCACGAAAUCUCUCAAACCACCGUCAUACCGCCCAAUCACUAAUGGAUCCGUCAACUUAUGCUCUGUUGAUAUUAUCGACUGUUUGGAAAGUAUUAUGUCCAAGUUCAAAUUUACGCAAAAAAAUGUCAGAGAAAUAUGGCUGCCGUCUAUGAUGCUAUAGUUGUUGGAGCUGGUAUAAAUGGCUCUUCUACAGCCCACUACCUACAGAAAAAUGGUUACAGAACUUUAUUAUUGGAACAGGUGUCAAGGAAGGGCCCUAAACAGUUCCCACUGCCUCACACCAGGGGAAGUUCCCAUGGUCAGUCUCGAGGUAUCCGAAGGGCCUACAUACAGGAAAUAUUUGCCAAUAUGAUGAGAGAAGCCUAUCCAAUGUGGGAACAGCUGGAACGAGAUUCAGGGACUCAACUUUACACGAAAACCAAACUCCUUGUGAUGAGUGCCAAGCAGGACACUUAUGUUGACAGAGUGAAAGAAACCCUCUCCACCUGUAAUAUGGCCUUUGAAGAGGUAUCUAAUGAACGAUUAGCUAACGAGUUUAACAUCAAACUUGCUGCAGGUACCAAAGCCCUCAUUGAUCUCGAAGCAGGAAUUCUUCAUGCAGACAAGGCCGUGUCCACAUAUCAAGAUCAGUUUGUGAAAAAUGGAGGCACACUCAUUGACGGAAACAGAGUACUUUCUAUCAUACCCGGUGAAAUUCAUCAAGUAAAUGCAUCAAAAGGUACCUUCCAGGGACGAAAUGUCAUUCUUUGCCUUGGCCCUUGGGCCAAAUCUUCUUUUCAACAUCUUGGAAUUGAAUUCCCUUUAAAGGUUCAAAGAGUAACUGUUGGUUAUUUCAAACAGAAACCCGUAGCAGGUCGACAGAAACGAAUCGAUGCCCAUUUGUUUUUCUAUUCAAACGGAAAUGAUGGAUUUUAUGGAAUUUUUGAAAAAGAAUACCCGGCACUGACAAAGUUUUGUUUGCACGAUGGCCCGGAAGUUGAACCGGAUCAUCGAGACCAGGCUAAUUCCGAUUGGAUAUUGGAGAAAUGCAAACAUCUGAUUGAAGAGUCCUUUCCAGGACUUGAACCGGAACCCAGUAUUGUGGAAUCAUGCCUUUAUACGACGACACCUGAUGAAUUUUUUCUUCUGGACAGACAUCCAAAAUAUCAUAACAUUAUUUUGGCAGCUGGGUUCUCAGGACACGGUUUCAAGCUGGCACCUGUGACAGGGAAAAUCCUUGGAGAAAUGGCUAUGAAUAAAGCGCCGUCUUAUGACUUGAGUCAAUUUCGACUGGACAGAUUUACCAGAAAAUCCUUGCUGUAAUUUUAACUAAUUUGAUACCAACAUGCCAAAAAAUAACUAUGGACUCUAUAAUAAAAAAUUCUUGUUUUAAAGAGAUCUUAAUUAAAAA